AUGACAGGCAAGCCAACAGUCAAAAGAAUAAGGGAUGCCUCUCAAAGGUCUAGAGAACACAUUAUUUCAAAGGCAGGGAAAAAUAUUUCUUGUGGAAUAUGCAAAGAGAAAGGGCACAAUAAGACCACUUGCACUCAAGUGCCAAGGCCUACUAAAACUAAUGUCACAAAGAAACAAAGGAUCAUGCAAACACAAGAAUCAGUGGUGACGGUAAAUAAAUCUAAGCAAGUGGUGACGGUUAAUGAAGCUGAGGAACUAGGCAGGGUUAACCAAAUUGUUAGGCAAGUGAAUACUACGGGUCAACCAAGCAAGAGGAAAAAGUUAGAGAGAAUUCUUAAACUAAAGCUUGCUAAAAGAGUUGAAGGUGAAGGUAGUACUGUAGGAUCACCAAUGGAGUUAGAUUAA